GUGAAAAGCAGCAAGUGAGCUUUGUGAAAAUAGCCUGGCUCCUCAUCAAUCGGAGGCCCACCUUUUGGAGCUCCUUGGAAGCCAAAUAUGACCCUGAAGGCACAUACAGGAUGAGGUAUGAGAUUGCGUAUGAGAAGAUCAAGGACGAAAAGGACCAGGAGCCGUACUCCAGAAAGUACGACAAAGUGAACCUGGACGAGGUGUUGGCCAGCGAGCGACUUCUGAACAGCUAUUCCCAGUGCCCCAUGUCCGACACAGAGGAGAGCUGCACAGCUGACGCCAAGUACCUCAAGGCUGCCAUCCCAGGCGCUCUAUGCAAUGGAUGCAGUCGCUGUCGCCAGAGGCAACGACAGGACGCUGAAAAGGUGAUCAAGUUCCUAAUGAAGAACAAACCGGACUUGUGGAACCAACUGGAGGCCAAGUACAACCCGAAGGGGGUGUACAGGAUAAAGUACGAGAAGGAGUACCAGAGGCUGAAGGAGGAACAGGGCGCCAGUGAGGGGAUCACGUCUGCCUAAGGCAGCGAGCCUCACUCCAGCAAGUCCAACAGCGCCAACGCCUCGACAGCCGCUUCCAGCGCCUCGUAGACGACGGGCGAUCGCUACACUGCCGUGGCCAAGCAU